AUGUUUCUGUGGUGGGCCCUGUUGGCCGUGGCGCAGACGGUGGCCGUCACAACGCCACCCGUCUACCGGAAUCUGCCGGACGGCGAGUCGGCAGCCCUGCGAAAAGCGCUCAUGGCACUGCUUGGCCUGUCCAAGCUGCCCGAUAAAGAAACAUCUGACGCGCUGCUGGCCAAGGUGCCGCCGUUUGUGACGAGGCGGGUGGAGGCAGUUUUUGAAGACUUGCAGCAGGCUGACGAAUUUCCGGACGGGAACACGGUGCGCGCGCUGCUACCACGGCUUGGCAAGGCCAACGGCAACGAGGCGCUCCUCUUUGACGUCUCCAGCGUCGGGGAAGACGAGAAGAUUCUCCGCGCCGAGCUGCACUUCCAUCUGCCCCAAGCCCAUCGUCAUGGGUCGAGGAGGAGGGCCAAGUCGGUGAGGGCCUCCGUCGCUUGCACCCACCACUUUUGCCGCUCGGCCUAUCCGCUUACGCACAUCGAGGCCACCCGAACGACGGCUGUGAUGGACGCGACGCUACCGUUCGCCCAGCUGCACGCGAUCAACGGGACCACGAUGGCUGUUCAUAUGUGGCGCAAGGACAUCAAGAUGAGGGGACCGAAGGAUCUAGUUCGCAGGAAUCCACCGUUUUUGCUCGUGUUCACCGAGGCCGAUCCGCAACUUCCCGAGCCGGAAGAGACUGCAGCCGUCGAGAUCUCGGAGAGGAGGGAGAAGCUCACCGCUGAGAAUCGAAUCCUGCGCGCGAAGAGGGAUACAGGCGAAUACUUCAAGUACAGCGAGCCACCACGAGUCAAGGCCAAGUUGACCCGUGCCGAGGAGAUGGCCGAGAAGCAGAAGAAGGACCCGUGGUACGGCUUUGGAGACACCUCAGAUGAGGAUGAGGAUGAUGAGGAGGACGAUGAUGAUGAUGAACGGAUUGUACUGCUCGACAAGGCGGUCAAUGACCAAUGUCGCCUGGUCCGUCGCCUCGUCUCCACCUCGUCGCUGGGCCUUGAGACGACCAUUCUGUCGCCGAGUCACCUCGAUUUAUCACAGUGUGGCGGAGGGUGUGAAAAGCCCGGGAAGAAAUCCUCCGCCCGUGCGCGUCUCCUGUGGAGCGUCGGGCCGUCGAUGUGGCGCGGGGCGGUGUGCUGCGCGCCUUCACGCCUCGCCCCGCUCCCAUUAAUGCUGCUCGACGCGCACGGGAACCUCGUGCUCCGUCUACUUCCGGAUACCGUGGCGGCCAAGUGCCAGUGUCUA